UAUUUUACAGCUGAUGUCUCCCCAGUCUUUGCCCAUGCUAGGGCAUUGUAUCUCUCUACUUCUGAAUCUGUCUGAGGCUGAGAAAAUGAAAGAACUUCAAGUCGCUGCCCUGAAAUGUCUUACCAGCUUUGUGCCAGAUGAUGAUGAGUCGAUAGUAUACGGAGAAGCUUCUAAAUGUUUUGCAUCAUUCCUACCUGGCCUCUCAGUGACGAUCAGCAGAGUCAUCUUAGCCAACCCAAGACAAGGGCAGAAUGUGACAAUGAAUGCAAUUGAAUGCUGGUCCAAACACAUCUCCAUGGUGAUGGAUGACAGACUCCUCCCUCUGGACAAAACUAAAAAAUCUGAGGAUGUGACAAAGAGACAGCUUCUCCAAGAUGGUGAGGAGUCGCUCCUAGUUUCCAAGACGGAGACCUGGCUCACUGGAACCGCAUCCAAACUGGACAUUCUCAUCGCUAAGAUUGUUACCAUGGUAACCAGUAGAAGCUGGAGAGUGAGGCUUGCUUUGGUUAGGUUUGCAGAAACUCUCAUCAUCAGAACAAAGAGCUCCAUGUCCUGCAGCAUGGGCAAGGUGUUGGAGGUCUUGGUCAGUCUGGCCCAGGACAGAUAUGACCAGGUGUCCAGCCCUAGUCAAGCCAUCCUGAGGUCAAUGGCUAAAGAGUCCUUGACCGUAGAGAGUAGAAUGCUGAGUGAGCUAUUGGAGGAUAAUCUUCAUAGACUUGUCACUCUACUACCAAGGAUCAUCAGAACAGCAGAUGAUGAGGAGAAAUUGUCCACUGUAACUGCUAUGGUUGGAUACGUCAAGCUGCUCGGUCACAGACUGAAUUCACUUCUCAACUCAGCCCCUCACUUGAAGAGAUUAUCCAUAGCUUUACUACAAGCUCUAGAGCUCAGCAUAAGGGAUACAGGAAUCUUAGAAACUACACCAGCACCUCAAACAGGUACAUGUAGUACUGUCAUCCAAAGGAGCAUGCAUGUUGAUCUAAGUUCUAUUCCCACAUUUGAUUAAGAAUACAAAAAAUGGAUACUUGAAGCACAAAUUAGAAAUAUAAGAUGAAGAGA